CGUUUUUGCGGCUUCCGUGUGCGCCCGUCGCUUACCUGCCCGCGACGACGCUGCCCGCCUUUGCCGCGCCAGCCGCCGGCUUGCUGCAGCCGCAGCGCGCGGUGCCCGACCACCGGCACCUCGCGACGGGUCGGCGCACUCGUGUGGCUCAACGCGGACCUACGGAGCGACUCCGCCGCGCGGCUUGGCGCUGCCCAUGGCAGCAACAGCGAAGCCCGCGCCCUGCGCGGCCACCCAACCGAUUCUGACUCCGACCCCAGGGCCUAGGCGGCCCGCCAUGAAAUCUAGCCGUGUGUGCUGGCGUCCGGGUCCCAGCGGGUUUUCACGUAACAAGUACACACA